AGCAGCGGUAGGUAGAUUGGGUGGCGCGGCUCUGAGUGAGCAGGUCGUUUCUGGUGAUCAGGCCUCCUGAUCGGUCAUUUCCCCCCUCUUCACCCCCCUCUCCCUCCUCCACCGCCCAGCCCCCCUCCCCUCCCUGCAGGCGGCGGCGAUGCUCGAGCACUGGGCUCGCGCUGCUCGCCGUGAGUGAACCGGGACCACCGACCGCAAGAUGGAGAGACCCCGAGCCGAGCCGCGGAUCUGACCGGUCACCGCACCCAGCAAAGACGGGAGGCACAAUGAGUGAGGAGGUGUCGGUCGCCCCUGGCUGGCUGACCCCUGACCCCUUGUGGGUCAGCAGUGGCGGCGGUAGCAUGGAGAAUAUCACAGUCGGGACGUUCCCUCCAGCGGCUGUUCUGCCUCCACGGCCUCCACCGGAGCUGCUGGUGAACCCGUGGGACAUUGUGCUGUGCACCUCGGGGACGCUAAUUGCCUGUGAGAAUGCGCUGGUGGUGCUGGUGAUCUGGCAGAAUCCUGCACUGCGGGCACCCAUGUUCCUCCUGAUCGGCAGCCUGGCACUGGCUGACCUGCUGGCCGGUGUGGGCCUGGUGCUGCACUUUGCCUUCGCUUACCUGCUGCGCUCGGACUCGGCUCAGCUGCUGACUGUCGGUCUGGUGGUGGCCUCCUUCUCGGCCUCUGUCUUCAGCUUGCUGGCCAUCACCAUCGACCGCUACCUGUCACUGUACUACGCGCUCACGUACAAUUCUGAGCGCACAGCCGCCUUUACCUACGCCAUGCUGGUGCUGCUGUGGGGCGUCUCGCUGUGUUUAGGCCUUCUGCCUGUCACGGGAGUCAAUUGCCUGGGGCAGGAGGCCAUGUGCAGCGUGGUGAGGCCGCUCACCAAAAACAACGUGGCCGUGCUGUCUGUCUCAUUUCUGCUGCUUUUCGGCCUCAUGCUGCAGCUCUACGUGCAAAUCUGCAAGAUCGUCAUGCGCCAUGCCCAUCAAAUCGCCCUGCAGCAUCACUUUCUGGCUGCUACUCCGCACUACGUCACCACGCGCAAGGGCGUCUCCACGCUGGCCAUCAUCCUGGGCACCUUCGCCGCUUGCUGGAUGCCUUUUACUGUCUACUCACUCGUGGCCGACUACACCUACCCGCCGCUGUACACCUACGCCACGCUGGUGCCUGCCACCUACAACUCCGUCAUCAACCCUGUCAUCUAUGCCUUCCGCAACCAGGAGAUUCAGAAGGCACUCUGGCUGGUGUGCUGCGGUUGUGUCCCAGCCAGUGUGGCACAAAGGGCCCGGACGCCCAGCGAUGUCUGAUGUCUGCAUACACUUUUUGGCAAUGGGCUCGGAGCUGUAGCCACCUUAGGGAACUGUGGAAUUGCGCCUCUGGUGUAUAAACUAAUUGGAUGGAAUUAGUUUUACAUGGGGAGGUGUGGUAAAGUAAUCGUUACCUGGGUGUCUCUGUGAUUUUACUCCCAGACUGUGAAUUCCCCAAUGGACUGUCAACCUAACCCCAGGUUACAACAGUCCUAUGUGAAUUGACCUAGCACUAUUUGAGCUGGAUUAGUUUUACCAGGUGAGUCAUUUGUAAAUUAUUUGACUGACUAAUUCAUGAAUGAUAAAGCAGUGGAUCAGACCGAGGACCAGUUUGAAAACCACUAGGAUAAGGCACCUGUUUUUUCUACAGAUGCUUUAGUCAUAGACCACAUGUUGACUACAGUGUUAUUCACAAAGUGCAGCCUUCAAUAACAAUAACAGCAUGCUGCACUUCCGUGCCCGGUAGCGGAGUUUGUUAUUUCAUUAGCGUGAGUGUUACUGAGGGAGCUCUGGGUUCAGCAAGUUGUGGAAAGUAAUUUGCUCUUGCCUAUUUGUCAUAUUUAAAGGCAACAGGCACUACAGAUUCAUACUGGAUUAAAAUCACAGAUCUCACUUUAAUCACUUAAAGGGACACUCUCUCUCUCUCUGGCUCUCUCUGGCUUUCCUGUCAGGAAAAAGGCACACUCAAUCUGUAGUGUAGCAGAAGCAUGGCUGCAUCCCAACUGCGUACUGUGCACUAAUAGGGUAUACUAUAUACUGAUCUUAAUAGUGAAGGUUUAGAAAAUAUUAAUGUCCUAACUGGAACUGACACAAUGUUGCUGUCUUUGCCACUGCAUUUGCAUUGUUAUCUGCUAUUUUUUUUUUAAAUUAUGGUUCCAUUGGUGCACAACUCCAUUGUGGGAUAAUGGCUGUGUCUGAAAUGUAAGAAAUAUUAAUAUUAAGAAAGAAGUUUAUUUAUUGGGUAUUUGAGCAUACUUUGAGCCUACUCAGCUAUGGCUCUCUAUUAUUUAAUGAAAUACCCAAUUACUAUUAAGUUAGUGUAAGUAAUUAGUACGCAAUUAGCACGCAUCCCUUGCCUUUAUUAUGUUUUAAAACACAUAUAAACUAGGUUAGGAACUAGAACAAAAUCUCACCUUUCUGGUGAGUGUUACUAAAAGUGGGAGGAGCUUCCAAGCCAAAACUCUUCCCAAAGUCCCCGAAGCUCCUCCCAUCUUGAAGAGGGUUCAGGAAGCAUAACAGAGUGUCCCUUUAAUUGUAGCAGCUACUUCUCUCCAGGUAAAACGACUCCAGCUCCAGCUACAAUAGUCAACAACCCACGCCUAAAUGCACGAUGCUCCCUUUUCUGUCUUCCCCUUCUCGUGAACUUCUCUCCAAACCACUGCCACGUGACCUUCUCCCAAACCCAGGCCUCCACACCUAAUGCUAAUGUCCGUAUCUCGUGGUAAGAGGCUAGAGGCUGUACAUAAGAUGUAGAUAAAUGUUGUCCAGACGUUAACUGACGCACUGAGUAGUCUGAGAGGCUGCGACUGUUGGGCUUGGCCUCAGUGGCAGUGAGAGAGAGAGGAGAAGGAGGAUGACAGAGGGAGGGGAGGGGGGGUGGAUGGAUGAGAGAGAAGAAGGAGGAGGAGGAUGACAGAGGGAGGGGAGUGGAUGGAUGAGGGCUUGCUCAUCUCGUCUCGAUGCUGCUGCUGCUGCAUGUUGAACGUGCACUGAAAACCAAGCAACCGUGGAGAGCUAAAAAUAACCCGGGCAGGGCAAGCUCGCUUCAUCUUGCUGGCUGUUUGGUGUUUUUUCGCUUUAAACCCUUUACCCAAGCCAAGACCUAACCCCCCCCCCUUAACACAGAAGACCAUGAAGAGCUAACAAUAACCAAUAACACUGCUACCCCCCAUCCACAGCCGCUCAGCAAGCGGCGAACAUCCCACCCAUAUCAAUGCCUUUGUUUAGUCUAGAUUUACUGCGAAAUCAUGUCCUCCAUCCGCAUCCUCCUCAUGCAUAAAUGCGGGGGCUUGAGAUGAGCGGGGGUCUGUGUGAAGUGCGCUGUAACUUAAGCCCUCUCCCUGCUAUCAGGGAGGGAUGGAAAAAGGCUAAGCGGCUUGCAUGGCACUCCUGUAUGUGCAAAUUAGCAAGCUUUCUUUAUUAUUCAGUGACAUGAGGACAGACCUGAAUGUACAAUGUAGUUUUGUUGCUCACGGACGCAGUGACCUUCCUGCUCAGAUACUGGAGCUGCAGUCUGGUUAUUAUGGAUCAGUGACCACAAUGCAGUAUAACAUAGAAGCAUUCAUUAUGAGGGAUGCACCACGAUAUCGGAAUCAUGUUCAUAUCAGUAGAUCUGCUUGAAUUGACCCUUAUUUCAAAUUAAUAUUUGAUGAUUCAUUCAUCAAUUAUACAGCUCUGGAAAAAAAAUAAGAGACAAUCAAUCAAGAGAUAAUGAUGAUGUUUUUUCUUGAUUUUACCAAAUUAAAAACAUCUGGAAUAUAAUCAAGAGGAAGAUGGAUGAUCACAAGCCAUCAAACCAAGCUGAACUGCUUGAAUUUUAGCACCAGAAGUGGCAUAAAGGUAUCCAAAAGCAGUGUGCAAGACUGGUGGAGGAUAACACCAAAUAUUGAUUUCUGAACUCGUAAAACUUUAUAAAUAUGAAGUUGUUUAAUUACAUUAUUUAAGGUCUGGAAGCUCUGCAUAUUUUGUGUUAUUUUAGCCAUUUCUCAUUUUCUGCAAAUAAAUGCUCUAAAUGACGAUAUUUUUAUUUGGAAUUUGGGAGAAUUGUUGUCUGUAGUUUAUAGAAUAAAACAACAAUGUUCAUUUUACUCAAACAUAUACCUAUUAAUAGCAAAAUCAGAGAAACUGAUUCAGAAACUGAAGUGGUCUCUUAAUUUUUUCCAGAGCUGUAUAUUUAAUUUAUUUUACCUAGGCCUGUCACAGUAAUGACUAUUAAUUUAACGUUCAAACAUGAACAUCGUCAUUUUGUGAAUAGUAAUAACUUUUGCUGACCUCAAUACUGUCCGUUGCGUUUGCUUAGUAAGAAGAGCAAAUUAUAUAGAGCAAUGUGAAUUGACCUGGUCUAGUGACAUUGUUUUUAUUUUAUGAUUUGUUUUAUGUUUUAUUUAUUUUUAAGAUUUUUAACAAUUUUAUAUUCCAAUUCCAAUGUCCACACAAUCCUAAUAAUUAAAUUUUGCUUUUUAACAGUAAUGUGUAAUUGCAUUCUUAUGCUACUUUAUUAUCAUUACGUUAGUGGCACAAUAUGCCUUAAAAAUGACAUUAAUCCUAGGACAAUACAUUGUUCAAAAAAAAAAAAGUUUAUCGUGACAGACAUACUUUUACUCCAUUUGGAAACAAACAAAUAUGUUAUAUUUAGUCCCAAUUUCAGAUCUACACUUGGCUAUUUGCAUUAACUCAGAAUUCCCAUAGUUGUGCAUCCCUAAUUUAUUACUAUUAGUCUAACUGGUGAACAUGUGCCAUCAUUUAAUUGGUGAAAUUUACAUAUUAUUUCUAAAAAGUGGAAAAAAAAGCUAUUAAUAGGCUACUUACCAAAAUAUAGAAAUGGUCUAACCACCAUCAUCACCUAAUAAACUAUUUAAAACCCAGUCUUCCAAUCAAACCAACCAGGUGCUGAGGAAGAUUCUGCUUUAUUAAGAACAGCAAAUCAGAGUUUAGCCUUUAUGUACUAUAACCUUAGAGAUAGUUUGGUAAGCUUGCAAAUCUUAGCUAAAUAUGACUCCAGAGAAUCUGUUGCUUAAAGAAAUAGUCCAAUAUGUAUUUUUCUGCUUUUUUAUAAGUGCAUUUAUUUAAGGUAUGGGACAUAAAUUGUCCACCCUCUGGCCUCUGUGGGCAUAGAACUGCUGUCUGUUCCUUUCAGUGCUGCUAAUCUACAUUGUAAAUAUGUUAAACAAAAUACUCAUUUAUAAUUCACACAUCGUAACUGCAGAUAUACAGAAUCAUUUAAACCAGAACAUGGCUGCAAUCUGUGACCCGCAGAAGUCUAUAGGAGCUGCCUUUUUAACAUGUCUUAGGCCUCAAUUUCUCUUUCAUUUUAAACCUUUCAUCCAAACAACAGUAUUGUUAAAAAAUCUCAUGUCAUAAAUCAUAAUCAUAAAAAAGGACUGGAAACUAGAGCAUGCCAGGCCAGUAUAUAUCAGUAAAUGAUGAGCAUCUGUGAUUAUGCCGUGAAGGAAACAGGUGAAUAUCUACACCUUAACUCUCUCUCUUAAAUCUCAGAUUUAAAGUCUGAUUCCUGCCAGAAAAUAAAAUGCUGCCUUUGGACUGUUUACACUGCCAUGGCUACACCACUGUCUCUAAAACAUGAAGUCCUGAUCUAGCAGAAAAGUUUUUUUCAGUAUGGGGCUCCGAGUGGUCCAGCAGGCUAAGUGUGUAAAUGCUGUCACUAUGAUCAGGAGAUCGCCGGUUUGAAUCCUGUUCAUGUAGCUUGCCAUCGUCUACCGGAGCCCUGAGAGAACACAAUUGGCCUUGCUCUCUCUGGGUGCGUAGAUGGCGCUCUCUCCCCACAUCACUCCAUCUUCCUGGUGUUGGGACAUCACUAGUGAUAGGGGGAGUCCUAAUGAGAGGGUUUUGUAAUUGGCUGUGUAAAUUGGGGAAAAGUGGAAAAAAUUAAAAAUUUUUUUUUAGUAUUUGCACUUUAAUUUUUUUUGUAGUAAUACAUAUUUAAGCUACUUCCAAAAUGUCUGCAUGCUAAAAUGCAACAUAUAUGGAUAUGUGUGGAUGAGGCCUUCAUUCAAAUGCACAUCUCACCAAAAUAAAUAUUUAGCAAAAUACACUUUUUAUAGAAAAUACUUGGACUAUUCCUUUAAGUGCUGCUCUGCAAUGCCAAUAUUCCCCAGUCCAUUUCAGUACCACUGUAACACUCAUCAGCGAGCAAUAACUGUGUUCUGAGCGUUUCACCAAAUUAUAGCAAUACUUUAGCAGCAAUAACAGCUUCACCCAGCAAAGCAACCACCUCUAAUAUCAGAAAUCGCUGCGACCAUGUUCAGAUCCUCAAUAAAUACAAAAAAAAAAAAAAACGCAAAAAUAACAACACAACAUCGCUGCAGCCUAAACCCAGGCAAUGAUGUGUCCUGGAGAUACGACUGCGCUAACAAAGCAGUUCUGUGCCCCAGCCUUGGUCAUUUAUACUACAAUACAAAUGGAUUGUUACUCUACCCUCAAUGUGACCUGUUCAGCAGUGUGCAUUCGCUGUUGUGAAUCUUUGACACUGUCAUGUAGUGUGUAAGUAAUUUAAGCUUGUCUGUACCUGUUGUACCUGUAUGUGUGUGGAUGUGUGUGACUGAGGUGUGGUUAUACUGUUGCAUAUGAUUUGCAUGAUGAUUGUGUUGGUGUGUGCGUGCGUGCAUGCAUAUAUAUGGGUGUGUGAAAGUGUGUGUGUGUGUUUGCGUAUGUUUGGACAAAAACCUAAAGGGACACAGGGGUCAGGUGGGAGGCAUCUCCUGUGUGGCUUCUUCCCCCAAACACCUGCAUGGGGCACAAUGGCUAGCAGUCUUCCCUCUGCCUUUAGGUAUGACAUACCCACGUGACCUUGACCUGAGUGACCUCUUCUACUGAGCUACAAAUGAGUUAGAUGAACGCUGACAGUACACAGACAUCGUCUUAUCCUGAUGGGUUGAGGAUGACGAAUUUGUUGAUAGUGAUGACGAUGAUGCUGAUGACUGAGAAAUUUUAAAUUACGCUUGAGCAAAAAAGGGGGGGAAAUUCUUGAGCUAUGAAGAAGAAUUUAUUUUGUUAUAUUAAUUGAAAGGUUCUAUAUAUUUUUUGUUCCUCUGCCUUGUUUCCACCUGAAAUUUGUGAGAGUCCCGUUUUUGCAUUCCGAUGCGCUGUACAGCCUUUUCUGAAUGUAUUCUUUAAAAAAGGAAUAGUACUUUACUCGUUUGUAUGCUAGGUUAUUCUAUCUGUUUUUUUGAACCUGUAAAUAAGGCAUGCAACAAUAACAAUAGGGGGACAUUGUGACAUUAUAGUCAUGGUGCUCCUAGCAACAGAUAACCUUGGACUGUGUCCCAGUUCACCCCAUAUUACCUUGUUUCCUUGUCUCCUUUUCUUGGUGAGUGCUGAUCUGUAUCUGACCUGAGUGGAAAAGAUCAAUGUACAGCAGCCCAUACAGGCAGAAGUGUGAGUAAGACAAGGAGAGGAGAGUGGGUUUCAAUGGGCUUCAGGGGCUCCAGGGGUCAGAGUCUGAACUGGUUAACUUUAUAGCCAGUGUGUUUAACAAGAGCUAAGACAUAAGUCACAUGUGAUGUUAAUAAUACUGAAUCUUUUAAUCAAUGUCAAAUUAUUGAAAUGAUGACAUCACAUCAAGCAAGUGCUUACUGCCCAAAACAGUGCCAGCCAUAACUGGCACUACUACUACGGGAAGCUUCAGUGAAUGGAUGUGUUUGCCAACUGUAUGAACCUUUUGAUUUUAACUGUUGAACUGUUGUAACCAAUGCGCUGUAAUCCACUGUAUACUGAUUGCAGAGUGAGAGACUUGUGAGGUCGCGAUUGAUUAACGGAACGCUUCAGGAUGUCACAAUCGACUGCAGAGCGACUUCUGAUGUCACAGCAGAUAGCAGAGUGGCCUUGUGAUGUCACAACGGACAUAAUCCAAGGUAUUGACAGUGAAAAAAGGGCUUGGGAUGAGGGGGGAAUCUUCACAAGCAAAAUUUCCUCGUGGUAUUCAGUUGCUGAGUGGACUACAAAUGAAAUAGUGAAACUGAACUUGCAUUGACCCAGACCUCCUGAAUGAUCUGAGGAAUGGGGCGGGUGCAAUAGUUACAGCAUCUUGUGUAGAUGUAUGCGUAGUCUUAACUGUGAAAUGCACUUUAUUUUUUUGACGAGAAAUGGCACAACAAAGUUACUUAUCUGCAAAAUAUUAUUUAAAAAUGUAAAAAAAAAAAAAAAAGGAUAAUCAACAUGCACUAAUUAACUGAGACAUUGUAAGAUGUUUGUGUGAACGUGGUGUAUAUUUUUCCAAGGUGUUAGUGAUUCUCUUUUUAUUGCUUUGGUUAGUAUAAUGAAUUAAGAGAUCUUGUUAAUUUUGUAUUAAAAGAAUGUGCUGUGCAUUAAAAAUAA